AAUACAAGCUCGUGCUGCAAAUUCGAAAAAAUAAAUGAAUGUACUUAUUGUAAAAUAUCCAAACAAAAAUUAAUCGGAAUUUCUGAAAAUUUAAUAUUUAACACCGCUUGGUGUUGAAGAGCUCGUUUAACAUGGCUUCAAUAACAUUUGUGAAAAGUUUGGUUAGUCCAGCUGUGAAAUUAGUUCUGAAGCAAAGCCAGUGUGCAAAUGUACGAAACACAACAGUCCUGUCAGGAUUGACUCCAUUAAGUAUAAUACUCAAGAGACAUUAUGCAGAAAAACAAAUCUUUGAACGUACAAAGCCCCAUUGCAAUGUUGGCACAAUCGGACAUGUUGAUCACGGGAAGACUACACUAACAGCAGCAAUAACUAAGGUAUUAUCUGAUCUCAAUCUGGCACAGAAAAAAGGUUAUGCAGAUAUUGACAAUGCCCCUGAGGAGAAGGCUCGAGGUAUCACUAUUAAUGUGGCUCAUGUCGAAUACCAAACCGAACAGAGGCAUUAUGGACACACUGACUGCCCAGGUCAUGCUGACUACAUUAAGAACAUGAUUACAGGCACAGCACAAAUGGAUGGUGCUAUAUUAGUAGUAGCUGCAACUGAUGGUGUAAUGCCACAAACACGCGAACAUUUACUACUUGCCAAACAGAUUGGUAUUCAACAUGUGGUGGUGUUCAUAAACAAAGUGGAUGCCGCUGAUGAGGAAAUGGUAGAACUGGUUGAGAUGGAGAUCAGAGAGUUGAUGACUGAGAUGGGAUAUGAUGGUGACAAGAUACCUGUUAUUAAAGGUUCUGCUCUCUGUGCUCUUGAAGGCAAAAGUCCUGAAAUAGGGGCUGAUGCUAUCACUAAACUUCUUAAAGAAGUGGACACAUUCAUUCCAACACCUAUCCGAGAGCUCGAAAAACCUUUCCUGAUGCCAGUUGAGUCUGUUCACUCAAUUCCUGGACGAGGAACUGUCAUUACAGGCCGUUUAUACAGAGGUGUCUUGAAGAAGGGUACUGAUUGUGAAAUUGUUGGUCAUGGUAAAACAAUGAAAACAACCGUAACCGGAGUUGAAAUGUUCCACAAAACCUUGGAGGAAGCACAAGCCGGAGAUCAACUUGGAGCUCUUGUGCGUUCCAUCAAAAGGGAACAAAUCAAACGCGGUAUGGUCAUGGCGAAGCCCGGUACUGCUAAAGCCCAUGACAACUUGGAAGCCGCUGUAUACAUACUUAGCAAGGAGGAAGGCGGUAGAUCGAAACCGUUCACAUCAUACAUUCAGUUACAAAUGUUUUCAAUGACCUGGGACUGCGCCAGUCAAGUUACCAUUCCUGAAAAGGAAAUGGUAAUGCCCGGCGAGGACGCUACGUUAAAACUGAAACUCUUAAAACCAAUGGUGUGCGAAACAGGCCAAAGAUUCACACUCCGCCUUGGAGACAUUACUUUAGGUACUGGAGUCAUUACUAAAAUAAACAAUAAUCUAUCUGAGGAAGAAAGAAGCAAACUAAUGGAAGGCAAGAAGGCGCGAGAAAAGGCAGCCGCAAAGAAGUAAUCGAUUUAAGGUUCAUAAUUAUUAUUAGCAGUAGGUCAUUUAUUGUAUGCAUUUCAGAAAAAUGUAAAAUCUUCAAAAUAAAAGCAGGAACUUA